AUGGCCGAGUCCAGUCCAGUCGGCCAGUCUGAAGUCCGGAAAAGGGAACAGCUGAUCGACGGAUUCGUAUCCGUAGCGGUGGCCCAGGCAAAGCAUAUCUCAUCUAUGCAAUCUCAGCUGGUCUCGGACACUGCGGACACUGUUCCCUGGCUACCAGGCCCUGCGGACGGGGAGUGUAGGCGGUCCUCCGACCACGAGCUGAGAGGACCUGCUAUAGACCCGACCCAUAGCUCCACUCCGAAACCGGCAUCCUGGACGGAGGUGGUACGCCGCGGCCUCCUGAGAAAACCAGCUGGGGAGUUUCCGUUAACCACCUCCAACCACUUCGCAGUCCUGACGGAGAAUACUCCCUCCCGGGCUUCCUCUACCCUUCACCCCUACUCGUUGGCGCAGACGGAGGUAACUCAACAGUUAGAUGCAAGGCUUAGCGAGAUAGAAGUACGGCUCCGCACCAUGGAAGCUAAGACGCUGGUGACUGCGGGCGUAGCCGGUGCGGCCCAAACAGACGUGGCUCCCGCUAGCCGUCUCCCUGCAGCCCCCGAGCAGCCGGGGGGCCGGGUGACUGCUCACGGGAGGCUUAAACCUGGGGCGAAGCACUCGGCUCGCCUGCAGCCACUUCGCGUUACAAACGGGUCUUCUGCACCCAGCAGAGUUGAUUUCUCAGCUGAGAGACCGACUCUGGUCAUAGGCAGCUCUAUUCUGAGAAACGUGAAGCUAGUGAAACCAGAGGCUACAGUUACAUGUAUACCCGGGGCCAGAGCAGGCGACAUUGAGUCCUAUCUGAAAGUACUGGCUAAAGAUAACCGUAAAUACAGUAAGAUUGUUAUUCACGUCGGCGGGAAUGACAGCCGGCUACGGCUCUCUGAGAUCACUAAAGUUAAUGUGGAAUCUGUGUGUACAUACGCAAAAGCCAUGUCGGACUCCGUAGUUUUCUCUGGCCCCCUCCCGAAUCUGACCAAUGAUGAAAUGUUUAGCCGCAUGUCAUCGUUCCACCGCUGGCUGUCAGCAAACAAUGUGGGCUUCGUAGACAACUGGGACACUUUCUGGGGAAAACCUGGUUUGCUUAGGAGGGACGGCAUUCAUCCCACUUUGGAUGGAGCAGAUCUCAUUUCUGCAAAUCUGACCCAGUUUCUGUAUGGACCUGGUCCAUGACAAACCAGAGUUCAGACCAGGAAGCAGAGUUGCAUUCUUA